AUGGCGCUACACUGGGACCAGACGCCGAAGAAGCAGGGUUUAUAUGACCCGUCCUUGGAGUCUGAUGCAUGUGGCGUGGGCGCAGUGAUGGACAUGAACCGGAAGAAGUCCCGGAAGACCUUGACCGAUGCCCGGGACAUGGCCGUGCGCAUGACGCAUCGUGGGGCUAAGCAAGCCCAUGAGGAUGACGGAGAUGGCGUCGGCAUUAUGAUCUCAGUCCCCGACGAGUACUUGCGCAGUUGCUGUGGCUUCACCUUGCCUCCCGAGGGUCAGUAUGGCGUGGGAAACCUCUUCCUGCCACGCCAGGAGGACAAGCGUGAAGAUGCGGUGAAGCUCGUCGAACGGAUGGCCCGGCGCUUGGGCCUCCAGGUCAUCGGUUGGCGAACGCCGCUGCCGGUGAACCCCUUGGUCUUGGGGCCCUAUGCCAAGUCCACCGAACCCUUCGUGGCCCAGGUCUUUGUCGGGAUGGGCGACACUGGGGAGGACUCGGCGGCGGAAAGUGCUGUGAAGAGCAAGGCCAAUGCACUCUCCAGUGGCGAGUACGAUGGUCUUCCGUUGGAGACGCGGCUCUUCCUGCUGCGCCGCGCCGUGGCGCUCCGCGCGCGGGAGGUCUUCGUGUGCUCCUUGUCCUGCCGGACGAUCACCUAUAAAGGACAGUUCAAGCCGGAUCAGCUCUUUGAGUACUACAUGGAUUUGAAGUCAGAGCAAUGCACUGCGUUCUUGGCCUUGGUGCACUCGCGCUUCUCCACCAAUUCCUUCCCCUCUUGGAACCGAGCGCAUCCCUUCCGUCGGAUCGCGCACAAUGGCGAAAUCAACACCUUGGCGGGGAACCGGAACUCCAUCCGCACGCGUGAAGCACUGAUGACCAACAGCAAGGCCUUCGGUGAUGCACCGCUGGAGGCCUUCUUCCCGGUGGAUGAGGACAUUGGCAGCGACUCUGCAUUGUUGGACAACGUCGUCGAGCUCUUGCUUGCUGCAGGAACCCGAGACUUGGCGGAGGUGAUUAUGAUGGUGAUCCCUGAGGCCUGGCAGAACACGAAUCUGAUGCAGAAGGAGAAGAAGGACUUUUACAAGUACCUCUCCUGCGUGAUGGAGCCUUGGGACGGCCCCGCGCUGGUCUGCUUCACCGAUGGGAUCCAGUUCGGUGCCACGCUGGACCGCAACGGCUUGAGGCCCGGGCGCUUCUACAUCACCAAGGACCAGCGCCUGAUCUUUGCUUCUGAAGUGGGAGUGGUGGAUGUCCCACCGGAGGAGGUGCAGUUCAAGGGCCGCUUGAGACCUGGAAAGAUGUUGCUGGUGGACUUCGCAGAGGGCAGAUUGAUCGAAGACACCGAGCUGAAGAUGCGCUAUGCCACCAAGAAGCCCUAUGGCGACUUCCUGAAGAACAACAGCGUUGAGCUCAAGGAUCGUUUGGGCCCCGAGCCCAAGAGCGAUGCGGCGCUGAUCGAAGAGCUGCUGGAGGAGGAACAGGGCAGUUUGGAUGCCACCGACUUGACCACCAUCAACAAGCGGGUUCUGCCACUGCUGAAGUAUUGUGGAUAUACCUAUGAGAAGAUGGACAUGUUGAUCGCACCGAUGGUGAAGACCGGUGCAGAGCCUUUGGGCUCCAUGGGACAGGACAUGCCCUUGGCGUGCUUGUCGAAGAUGCCGCGUCAGCCCUUCGACUACUUCUCCCAGCUCUUCGCACAGGCGACCAACCCGCCGAUUGACCCCAUCCGUGAGGCCAACGUCAUGUCCCUCAUGUGUCCCAUCGGCCCGGAGCGCAGCCUCCUGGAGCCCUCGCCCGACGCCUGCCGCCGGGUCUUCCUGGACUCGCCCAUCCUGUGCCCUCGGCGCUACAACGCCAUCUUCGGAUUGGAGGCGGAUGGCUUCCCUACGGUGGUGCUAGACAUGACGUAUGGAUUGAACGAGAGCACGUCGAAGGCCCGGCAGGCGGACCGUGCCAUCCGCGGGAACAACUUGUUGAAGGAGCGUUUGGACCAGAUCUGUAAAGAGGCCGAAGCGGCGAUCCUGGGCGAUGGCGCGGCGGUGCUGGUGCUGAGCCACCGAAAGGCGGGGCAGAGCCGCGUGCCGGUGAGCUCCUUGCUUGCCGUGGGUGCCUUGCAUCAGGACCUCAUCGCCAAGAAGCUCCGCGCCAAGGUGGCGCUCAUCGUCGAGGCCGCCGACGCCUAUGAGAUUCAUCACUUCUGCUGCCUUCUGGGCUUCGGCUGUGAUGCCAUCUACCCAUAUCUCUGCUACUUGAGUUUGUUGAGGGUGAGAGGCUGCCAGCUUCCCCUCAACAAGCGCAUUGAGAACUUCCGGAGCGGCUCCGACUCAGGUAUCUUGAAAGUGAUGUCGAAGAUGGGCAUCUCAUGUUUGCAGAGCUACAAGGGGGCUCAGCUGUUCCAAGCAGUUGGACUGGACAAGGAGGUCAUCUCCCGGUGUUUCACCGGCUGCAAGUUCGUGCUCAAUGGUGCUGGCUUCAACAUCUUUUCCCAGGACGCCAUGGAGCUGCACAAGUUGGCCUUCCCAGAACGGCCGGUGCCUGCGCUGGUGGAUGAGGAGGUGGAAGAGCUGGACGACUUCGGCGAGUAUCACUUCCGAUCCAUCCACGAGACAGAGAUCCACAUGAACACUCCUGAUGUGAUCUAUAAGAUGCAAGAGGCUGCAAAGACCAACUCAGCGGAUGCCUACAAGAUGUUCUCCACAUGGCAGAACAAGAUUACGGAGCAGACGGAGAUUCGCGGGCAGUUGGAGUUCCGCGAUGAGGAGUGCAGUCCGGUGCCCCUCAACGAGGUGGAGCCCGCGGUGGAGAUCGUGAAGCGCUUCUGCACCGGCGCCGCCUCCUUCGGCUCCAUCAGCGACGAGGCGCACCGCGCCAUGGCCAUCGCCAUGAACCGCAUUGGAGGAAAGAGCAACACUGGCGAGGGUGGCGAGGACCCCAUGCGCUUCACGCAGUUGGAGGCUGGGCAGUUCAAUGCUGGGGCCGUGCAGUGGGACAUCAAGGGAGGCGACACCUUCCGGUCGAAGAUCAAGCAGGUGGCCUCCGGCCGCUUCGGCGUCACGGCGGAGUACCUGGCGAACGCGGACGAGCUCCAGAUCAAGCUCGCCCAGGGUGCCAAGCCCGGUGAGGGCGGAGAGCUACCUGGGCACAAGGUGAUUGGGAAGAUCGCCGAGACGCGGAAGGCGACCCCGGGCGUGGGCUUGAUCAGCCCACCGCCGCAUCACGACAUGUACUCCAUCGAGGAACCGGAUGGGAUGGGCAGAUCCCACAGGACCUCAAGAACGCCAACCCCUCCGCGCGGAUCUCGGUGA